AUGGGGUCCACGGGCGGCGAGCGCCAGCGUCUUCUCCCGUCCUACUCACCAGUCGUCCAUGCUCGUGUUCCUGGCCAAGAGUCGGCCCCGUCAUGGCCCUCGACUUUCGAGGAAGGAAUUGAAGCUCGGAUGACGUCGCCCAUGUCCAUGAGUCUGACGCCUCGCUAUCCUCCCGAUCCGCUAAGUGUCAGUCCGUACAAUGAGCGACAGCGAUUUCUGCAGCAACAGCAGCAGCGAGAGGGACUGUGGUCGCCAACUACUAGCAGUGAACCAACGACUAUCCAAGGCACAAGCAGUUUCAAAGAUGCGGUCUUCAAUGCCGUGAACGUGCUAUUGGGCGUCGGCGUGCUCUCGAGUCCCUUCUCAUUACGGUCCAGUGGCUGGCUCAUUGGUAUGCCGCUCUUUCUCUUUUUUACACUCGUGACAAACCAUACAGCGAAGUUAUUGGGCAAGUGCUUGGACUACCAAGAAGGCAUGACGACGUACCCGGAUAUCGGGGAAGCGGCGUUUGGCACGAGAGGACGCGUGAUCAUCGGAAUCACGUUCUUUGCAGAGCUUUUCACGGCUUGUGCCAUGUUUUACGUGCUCAUCGGUGAUACGUUGGCGGCUUUGAUUUCGUCCGUUACGGAAGCACAAGUGACGAUCAUGGCAUUCCUGCUCAUUGUACCGUCCAUGUGGACAACACACAUGUCGGUGUUGUCGUAUUUCAGUCUCUUAGGCAUUUUCUCGUCGUUCUUCUGUCUCUACGCGAUUUUCUAUGUCGGUCUGACGAUCGACACUGAAGCACCUGGAUAUGAAACAGGCAGUUUGCUGCACCCACAGCCUGUGCAAGUGAUUGGCGAUGUGGACCGUAUCCCGCUGGCAAUUGGACUCACAAUGGUCGCGUUCGGUGGCCACUCGGUCUUUCCAUCCAUUUGCAGCUCCCUGGCAAAUCGAGGCGACUAUCCGCGCGUGCUCAACCUCUCGUACUUGAUUGUAGGACUUGUGUACGUCGCGAUUGAGCUGGCGGGCUACCUCAUGUAUGGCCUUGCUACUCAGAAAGAGAUCACGCUGAACCUGAUUGCAACGUACCCGGGCGCACUCACACAAAUGGUGGUCUGGACGAUCGCGCUGAAUCCCAUGAGCAAAAUCGCUAUCACAAUCCAUCCGAUUGCGCUGGCACUGGAGGAGUUUCUGCUUUCGCCAAGCCAGAAGCGUGCGGCUGCACGGAAUCAGCCAGGCAGGACGUUGGUGUUUUACCGAGCAUUCAUUCGGACAUUGCUUGGAAUGGGUGCACUAUGCUGUGCGCUCUUUGUGCCCCACUUUGCCCGCGUAACGUCGUUUCUCGGGGCGUUUUUCGCGAUGCUGGUCUCGGUGUUUUUCCCGUGUAUUUGCUACCUGAAGCUUUUUGCUCACCGCUUGUCGACGGUUGAGAUUGCGCUCGAUGCAGGACUGGCUGGACUCUCGAUCGUGUUGAUGUUUUUGGGCACCGUGGCAUCGUUCCUGUCGCCUACAGAUUAA